CCAUGCACUACACAAACUGGCCACUGCGAUGUACAGGCUACGAAUCGAUAAACAGUGCCCCGGCCAUUUUUUUUUUAAAUUAAUACUAUGUUUUAUAUUGUUUUGUGAAAGGAAAGGGGACAGUCGUGGUCAAACCGAUUUCAUGCAGGAAAACAAUUUUAAUUUUAAUUUCAAUUUCAAUUCUAAAAAAAUGUGUAAGCGGACAAACAAAAUUUUCAGAGAAAUUUGUUUGCGAAUUUUUCCCCAUGUACGUGAACGCGGCAUCGCCAUCGUUACACGUUUCCCAUGAUGCACUGCGGGGAAAACCGGUGAAGAUAUUCAAAACUAUGGCGGAAGACCCGAAUAUAUUUAAACCAACAUUAUGCUCAGAAGAAGUGGAAAACAAGUCUGUUGUUAACAGACGCAAUGAAACACGGAGGUGCCUUUUGUUUUCGUCGGAUAAAGACAUUAGCACACUGGAGGAACCGAAAGUGACAUGUAAAAUUGUAACAUUACAAAGUGUUCCCGACGAUUCAAAUUCAUGCCGACGUUUUGCGGAAAUCGGCCAACAACUCUCACCAAAGGCCAUAAACACGUGUGUAAAAGCGAAAAAUGGAGUUGAAUUGGAAGGUGCCUCACCUGAGCAUCGUCUAAAUUCAAAACAUCAUAUUUUAGUCAACGCUGAAGACAAGGAAAACACCGCUAUGUCCUCAGCAGAUAACACCCAAGAAGAGGGCACUUCUGGUCAGUCAAGUUUGCAAGAUUCCAAUGUGACUGCCAGUAAGCAUCACAGUAACACAGAGGACGGUGAUGCUGAGGUGAAGAGAAGAGCACAGGAGGAAGGCUAUGUGAGUGUGGUCUUCCCUGGCACAGUAACUCAAGAAGGCUGCUGCCGCUUUGUCAGCGAGAUUCUCAAGUGCAUUCUCUAUCAGAGGCAGCAACUACCCAUGACAUAUGACCAGCUGGUAUACUCCCAGAAGAAACAGCAAGCCUCAGUGCAGGAUAAAGACAUAGUGGGUCGGAGACCAAUGCAGUCUGCAGACAUGGAUUGGCGCAAGUGUCAACAGACCCUUCAGGAGCUAGAGGAGGUGCUGCAGCAGCUGGAGGUGUUGUUUUCCCUUAGCAGGGUGCCACGUGUGCUGCUGCUAAUGGGUGGCUCCCUCAUCCUUCCCAAAGAGCUGUAUGAGAUCAACAUGGAGGCUCUGGAAGUAGCUGGUGGAGAUCAAUGUCUACGAGUAUCCUCCUGCUUAAGGCAACUCUUCCGCACUCUUUUCGUAGCUGACCUUUUGUCUGACACCAGACCUGUUCGUUUAAUGCCCACCACAGUCUUGGUGCUGGCUCACAGGGAUUGCGGUGUAGGUUGGUUCCGCCCUAAACUACAAUUCAAAGUGCCAACCCGUAUAAAGAACCAGAUUAUUGCUCUGUCCACUGAUCCCAGUACCUGUAAGGAACUAAAGGCAGAGGGUUCAGACUGGCAGGAUUAUGUGUGGUUUCAGGCACCCAUGACUAUCAAGGGCUUUGGUAAGUGACCCAAACAGUCUAGGAGUGCAUAGAAUGAAGAUUGGAGCUCUCAUUCUGGAGCAUGUAUAUUCAAAUGGAAUUUUAAUGGUGGUUUAAGUGAAUUUUAAUGAAUUAUGAAUUUAAUUUUUUUUGUACUGUUCAUUAAAAGUAUAAUAAUUAAAAUAAUAGUGUGCUUGUUGACAUCAGCAGGCUGUUAUUGUUUUUUUUUCAUAUAUAUUCUUGUUUAAUACUGAGAGAAUGAGUUCUCUAGUUUUUUUGGCAUUGAGAAUGUUGUGUAUUAAUGUUUAUAUUUAUGAGGAUGGUUUUACAUGAAAUAUCACUAAUUCCUAAGGACAUUAAACACAGAACAUCACAUGGAAUAUUUGUGCAAUAUAUUUUUAAUUGGAAUGACUUGAACGGUUUAAGGCAUUAUAUUGCAUUCUUUAGUCAAGCUCUUGAAAACAAUGGAUUGAGUAUGAUCUGUGUAUAUGUUUACUUUUUUUUAAAAUCUGGACAUGAUUUUGACAGUGCUGCAGACACGACUGCAGUAAUAAAGAACAGCUGUACCAUGA